CAAAAGCAGAGUGAUGUUUGCAUCCUGCCAGCAUCAUUAGAUGUCCCAGUGGUACCUCAGAGCCAAUGACCUCCGAGCUCACCUGAGUCCUUCGUGAAUAUAUGCAAAAAUCUCAUCCUUUCAAACCAAUAGCUGUCAGAUAUUAUCCGCUCUGAUUAACUAAUGAGGAGGGAGGUGUUUUGUUCUAAGGAAGGCCUCCUUGGGUUUAAGGGGAACCAUCGUGACCGUCUCUGUGCACUUUUGAUCACAGAAGUGAAGGAGAGGGUCUCUGUGUCUUCAUUGUUCCAGAGGAUACGGCUGAGGACGGGCUGCGGUCACGCAUCAAUUUUUACAAGCGGACUAGAAGCGUUUAGUAGGGGAACAUCAUGGCACUUGCAGGAUUACUGAAAAAAGACGACAUCACAGCAGCCGUCCAGGCUUGCCAAGCUCCCGGAAGUUUCAACUACAAGUCUUUCUUCGACCAAGUUGGAUUGGUCGGUAAAGCCUGUUCAGAAGGGGAGAAGGUUUUCAAGACUCUAGACCAAGACAAGAGUGGAUUUAUUGAAAAAGAGGAGCUGAAACGUUUCCUCCAGAACUUCUGCUCAGGGGCCCGAGAGCUCACCGAGGCAGAGACCAACGCUCUCCUGGCAGCUGGAGACUGUGAUGGAGAUGGCAAAAUCGGGAUGGAAGAAUUCUGCGACUUGCUGAAAUGAAAACGUGGCCUCAACUUCCAGCUGGAUUCAUUUCAUGUUUCUGUCUUAUUUAUUUUGUAUUUAUCUUCCAUGUGUUGCUUUUCAUGUGAUUUGCUUACGAAGGUUUGGAUAAAA